AUGGCUUUUAGAUCAAGGAAAAUUGUGCAGAACCGUUGGGAACAAAUGGCGAAUGGGUUAAGACAAUAUGCAACCUCAACCUCACCCAAGACGAAAGCCUACACCCCUAGUGCUGGUGUCACUGCACAAAACCAGCAGGGCUACAAAAGGUUCUUCAGGGGAGACUUCGUGCCUGUCUAUGUAGUUCUUGGGAUGAUAACAGUGUCACUGGGGUUGGGGCUCCACACCGCGAUGCAUCAGCUGAAGCACAACCCCCAUGUCCACGUGAAGAAGCAGCGACGCGAGACGCUGCCGGAGGUGGUGGAGCCGGAGCAUGUGGUGGAGGAGGCCGAGAAGUUCAUGACGAACUCGUUUUUCAGGAAGGUGGCUCAUGUUGAGGAGUUUGACGGCUACAAUCACGCCGUUAAAGAUCCUACCCGUAGAGAUGCUUUUGCAUACAAACCGUCCAACCCGCGAGAGCGUGUCGUGACUCUCAAGGACGUUGGAGCAGAUCCUGUCCAACCCAAGGCUUCAUCCUAG